UUUCAGGUGACAGGGGGCAUUGUAACUGGGGUGCAUAAGUCCACUCUUUCUAAGCAUCUUUCAAAAGUUAUUGAUGGACUUUAUGAUAAUUGCAGAAAAUUUAUUUUUUUCCCCACAUCACCCAGAGGUUGGCGUGAUGUUAAGAGGGACUUUUUUCUUUUAGGUGGCAUACCCAAUGUCCUUGGGGCCAUUGACUGCACUCAUAUUGCCCUAAGACCCCCUGUGCGCAGGGAGAUAAUAUUUAGAAAUAGGAAACACUUCCACUCCUUAAAUGUGCAGAUUAUAUGUGAUGCAAACAUGCGCAUAUUAAAUGUUGUGGCAGGGUUCCCAGGAAGUAGCCAUGAUGCCUACAUCCUCAGGAAUUCUGGUGUGUGGAGAUUGUUUGAGACAAAUCAAAUGCCUGAAGGACAUCUCCUCGCAGAUUCUGCAUAUCCUCUUAAAAAAUGGAUUUGGACACCAUUGAAAGAGAACCAGGUUGUUGGGCCUGCUGAAUUAAGAUAUAAUGAAGCACAUAUCCGAACACGUGCUAUAAUAGAACGACUGUUUGGUGUUCUAAAAAUGCGCUUUCGCUGCCUGGACAGAUCAGGGGGGGAUCUCCAAUUCAGUCCGGAAAAAGCUAUUAAAAUCAUAGUGGCAUGUUGCUGUCUACACAACAUGGCACAGGAGCAUGGGAUGUUGAACGACUUACUUCCAACACCACAGCCCCCAGGUGAAAUCUUUGAGCCUGAUGUAAUUAAUCAUCCACAACCCCUCAAUGCCCAUUUGGAGAGAUCUGCAACUAUUCAAGAAUUCUUUUCAGAUUGAAGAUUCUCAGAAAUGGAAUACCACUCCCCUCCCUCUCUCCUCAUCCCUAUAUUUACCACAUUUUCCCUAAAUAAAUGUAUACUUUACUCAAA